AUGGCCCAGACCACGCUGCCCACCCGCGGCGGCUACGACCCUAAGGCCCCCUCCGUCUACACCCCCCGUAAGAUUGGAGCAGCACACACGCUCGAGCACCGCAUCUACAUCGAGAAGGAUGGCGUCCCCGUCUCGCCGUUCCACGACAUCCCCCUCUACGCCAAUGAGCAGCAGACCGUCCUCAACAUGAUCGUCGAGAUCCCCCGCUGGACCAACGCCAAGCAGGAGAUCUCCAAGGACGAAGAGCUCAACCCAAUCAAGCAGGACACCAAGAAGGGCAAGCUGCGAUUCGUCCGCAACUGCUUCCCCCACAAGGGCUACCUCUGGAACUACGGUGCCUUCCCCCAGACCUGGGAAGACCCCAAUGUCACCCACCCAGAGACCAAGCAGAAGGGCGACAACGACCCUCUCGAUGUUUGCGAAAUCGGCGAGCUCGUCGCCAAGCCUGGUGAGGUCAAGCAGGUCAAGGUCCUUGGUGUCAUGGCCUUGCUCGAUGAGGGCGAGACUGACUGGAAGAUCAUUGUGAUCGAUGUCAACGACCCGCUCGCCCCACGCUUGAACGACAUCGAGGACGUCGAGCGCCACCUGCCAGGUCUCCUCCGUGCCACCAACGAGUGGUUCCGCAUCUACAAGAUCCCAGACGGCAAGCCUGAGAACCAGUUCGCCUUCUCUGGCGAGUGCAAGAACCGCAAGUAUGCUAUGGACAUUGUGCGCGAGUGUGCCGAAGCUUGGGAGAAGCUCAUCACGGGCAAGACUCCAAAGGGUGAAAUCAACCUCACCAACGUCUCCGUUCCAAACAGCAACGACCGUGUCGACCCCUCCAAGCUCAACAUUCCAGCACACGAGGAGAAGGCUCCAGCACCAAUCGACCCCAGCAUUGACAAGUGGUUCUACAUCUCUGGAGCUUCGGCGUAA